AUGGAUGUACUUAUUGAAUAUCGUAACGAAUUUCAAGAUAAAAUUAAUACAGCAAUACAAAAGGAUGAUUUAUAUGGGCCACUUUUUGAACAAAUUGACCAAUGGCAAAAAAUGAUGACUGAAAAAGUAAAUCUAGUAGCGGAACAUACACGUCAACAAGUUGCUCAAUUAUUAAAUUCGAAACGAGUUAAAUUAAGUAAUGAUUUCAAGAGAUUUUCACAAGAAUUAAUUCAUUUAAAAGAAACAGAAAAUUUUGUUGAACAUGAUUUAACACGUUUGAAAUACAUUAUCCAUCAAUUUAAUCAUGAAUUGAAACAAUUAGCUAAACCAUGGACGAUUGAACUGCAUACAGAACAAAGUGAUCGAAUUGUUUGGAGUCAACUUAUUUAUGUUGAAGAAAAGUCAACUUAUGCUGGAAUCCAACAGCGACAGCAAUAUCUAGAGGACGAAGCAACAGGUGCAAUCUUCUCUCGAAAACAACCACCUAAGAGUUAA